AAUGUCAUUAAAAACUGCACCUUUAAUGUUGAAGCCUCGCCCUGCGGUCUGUUACUGGAAUUCUUAAUAGGUACAAAGUCGUCUAAAUAUAACGUGAACAGGUUUUUAAUAAUUAAGACAGGAUGUUGAACAUAAACAGACUUCAGCAGGAUAAUCAUUCUCCUGACUUUCUGCUUCACUCUCACUGAAGUUUGUUUUGAAGUGUUUCUGUCCAGCAGGCGUGUCAGAGCGGAGGUCAUUUCUGUAUUUUAUCAAGUAUCGCAGGUUUAGGAUUGUGUUACAGUUCAGUGUAGAUCACAGCAAAGGCUAACAGACUCAGUGAAGAAUUAAAGGUGGUGCAGUGGCAGUAGACUUUGUAUCAACAGAGAUAUAUAGAGCAGUAAAAGGAAAUAAAACACCGGGGCUUAAACAGACGAUGGGUUGAAGUUUCUUUGGAGAUCUGAUGUUUGAGAGCCAACGUGUCUCAGAGGUAGGUGUGCAUCACCGACUCGAUUUAUAUAGUUUUAACUUUAACCUCAACGAGAGGAUCAUGUCGUUAAACAGAUAAAUAUUGUCCUUCGUGUCGAGGUUGAAUGGUUGCUUCCUUAUCUCCUGUUUUUUUUUUCUCUACACCAUCCAGUUUUCUCCACCGUCAUGCUCUCCUUUUCAACCCGACCUCUGGUCCUCCUGAGUCUUCUCCCCCUCCUCUCGCCCCCCGCUCUCUCCUGUCUCCGGACUGGAAACUUCAGGAAGUGUGCCUCAGCUCCGUUCGUACCCGGCCACAACCUGGUGGGCGAGGGCUUUGACGUGGUCACCCUGCAGCGUAAAGGAGCCUACGUGAUUGAUGUGAUGACUUACCUGACUCCGAGAGGCACCUGUACUCUCUGCUCCAACCCUCUUCAAGGCAACAAGCUGCAGAAGGUAAUGUCUGUACAUGAAAUUACACUCCUGCAGUAACUUUCACAGUCGUGCACGUCAAACCAUGUGUCUUCACUCCUAUUUUCAGCUGCCAGUCUCUGCAGUGGACUGGAGAGCAUCCAGCCGAUGCGAUGCUGACCUGUCCACCACUGAGCACACCUCUGUUAGGUAUUUUGGUUUGAUUUGAUUUAUUUAGGAUCCCCAUUAGCCUUGGCCGAGCCUCAGCUAUUCUUCCUGGGGUCCUUAAACCAACUCACAAUAAAUCAAUGCAAAUAUCUCAUAUGUAUAAUACACCACAUGUAAAAAGAAAAAAAAGAUUAAAAAAAUAAAAAAUGAUAAUGAUACAUAAAAUAAACACAAAUAAACAAAGAGAAUACAUACAAAUACACAAUACAACAAUACAUAAACAAUAACAGAUAUCUCCUGAAUCGGCAGUCAUGUAUAAUAUAUAUAUAUAUAAAUAUAUAUAUAUAUAUAUAUAUAUAUAUAUAUAUAUAUAUAUAUAUAUAUAUAUAUAUAUAUAUAUAUAUAUAUAUAUAUAUAUAUAUAUAUAUAUAUAUAUAUAUAUAUAUAUAUAUAUAUACAUGUAUAUAUACAUAUAUAUACAUAUAUAUGUAUAUACACAUGUAUGUAUAUAUAUUUAUAUGUGUGUGUGUAUAUAUAUAUAUGUAUAUAUAUGUAUAUAUGUAUAUGUUUAUAUAUGUGUAUGUAUAUACAUGUAUAUGUAUAUAUAUGUAUAUAUAUUAACAAACAAUUAUGUAUUUAAUAUUAUGUAUUAAAUAUGUAUUAACAGAACAAACUUGUAUGUCUUGUGUUCACAGCUCACUGGUUAACAGCGACAUCUUUCAGCACAGCACCGACUGGAGGGUAAGAAACAUUUGACAGAAACUGAUGAUUUUCAUGUUUCUAUCAGGAUUCAGAUUCGUGGACAAAUAUUUAUCAUUUCAUGUAUUUUACCUCUUGAAUGCCAUCAUAUAGUAUAUUUAAUAUCUACUUAACUUAUAUUGAAAUGUCUCCAAAGAUCCAAAGAUCAACUUUAUUUUUAUGGCACUUUUCAGAUAAGAAAUGUAGUUCAAAGGUCCUCACAGAGGCUAAAAACAACAAUGAACAACAAUAAAACCCAACCCUCCCACCCACACACACAAAGACAUACACCCACACAUACACACACACAACCGCACACAGUGUGAGAAUGUAAGAUAUAUUGUUGGAGAGACAUGGCCUGACACCGAGACAUUAUGUGAGGAAAGAGCGACCUUUGGGAAACACUGGAGAUAAAAGAUAAAAAAUAAAUAAUGGUGCAAGGAAAGAGUAAAACCUGAUGGACUAAAACAAGAAAACAAUAUUUAAUAUUAUUUUUUGCAUGUAUGAUUGUAAAAAUAAAAUAAAGUAAAAACAUUUCAGUGCUGCUGCUGAUGUAAACCUAUGAUUCUAAAUGCUGAUAUGUCAAAGCUACGCCCACCAUUCUGUUCCUCCUGCUGUCAAAUGUGCACUGAGCACCUGAAUGUGUUACAUUUAGGAUUAAAAACCAUGUGUGGCAGCCUAAACAUCAUUCAUCAGUCAUUCAUUUGUAUUAUUUAUAUGGCUGCAUUGGUAUUAUUUAUGUUAUUACCAAGGCCACCCCCUUAAAUGUGUAAAGACAUAUCAGGCGCAUUAAAUUUAUACUGUAGUAGUGUGUGAAUGAUCAAUAAUCAAUAUUAUUGGCAGAAAUAGAGGACCCCAAAAACAAAUUUUGCUGAGGGUCCCAUUGAGGCUUGGGCCAGACCAUACCACGUGUCAUUAAAAAUGUCAUUCAGUGAAGCUUUCUGUUGUUGUCCUCAGGUCGGCCUAAGUAUAAAGAAGUAUGUGUCUGCCGGCCUCAGGGUGGGAGGAACACGCUCAGCUGUGUAUAAGUUUGCCUCAGAGCGGUCUACAGAGGACCAGUACUCCUUCAGCACCCACAAGAUCACCUGCAGCCACUAUCGGUACAGUAUACGGAGUCCUGCAUCACUAUGAACACAUGUGAGUCUAGUUGAUUCAAAAAACGUCGAUCACGAGCAUCAAUGUCCUGGUCUCUGUGUUUAGGUACCGUGUAUCUAACAGACCCCGCCUCAGCUCUCAGUUCAAACAAGAUCUGGCCGAACUGCCGACUUUUUACAACUCCUCCACGAAGGACCAGUACAGUGACAUCAUCCACAGCUACGGCACACACUACAUCCGCCAGGUUUUUCACACACCUACACACUCUUCUUAUUUCACAAAGUCACUCAAAGUUUAUUUCUCAACAACAUCAUCCAUCAUCAGGCUUUCCUUGGGGGGCGACUCAGGCGAGUCUCAGCUGUUCGCACCUGUUUGUCUUCCAUGAAUGGGUUCUCCUCACAUGAGGUAUAAAAACAACUCUCAUGCUCGGGUGUUUAUUUGUUAUAUUUUAAAGCCUCUUGAAUCGUAACCUUGUGGUUUUAAUUCGAAUGCAGACCCGCACCCAUGGUUUUUAAAUGGUACCUUAUCUCCUCUCCUGCCAUCCAGGUUCACGACUGCAUCGCAUUUGGACUCCACAUAGGUCUGGGGGUAGCAAAAAUAUCCAGUAAAUAUGAGUCCUGCUUAAAUGUCUUACAAAACAGAGACACCUCAGCCUCAUUCAGCGCAGGUCUGCACCAACACCUCACCUCUGUGGUCGGAGGGUCCGGAUGGUUGGGGGAGUUUUCUCUCUCUUUCAAUGACUCCCUGGGUUACAAACAGUGGCUGAGAUCCCUGAAGAGCCAUCCUGAUGUUGUUUCGUACUCCCUCAGACCCUUGCAUAUGCUGGUGCCAAAUAAGGCCCAGAGGGCGGGGUUAAAGACGGCCAUAGAGGAGUAUUUAAGAGACAACGCAGAGAGGAAAUCACCCCAAGACUCUCCAAACCUCGACAACUGUCCGACGCGGGUGUCAUUGGGAACGCUUGAGGUGACUGUCAUCAGAGCCUGGGAUCUAAAAGGCGAUCCUAUAGGCAGAACUGAGGGGUGAGUAUGUUAAAGCCCAGGACUGGGGCUGGAGAUCAUUAUCAUAUAAUAAUGACCGAGUGAGGAGAAAAGCUGUUUCAGUGGCACCACCAGACACGGCCAAGUCACCGUGCCAACUUAAUAAUAAUAAUAAUAAUAAUAAUAAUAAUGCAUCAGAUUUCAUAUAGCGCUUUAUCAGAGACCCCAGAGAAGUGCUUUACAUUGGACACAUCAUUCAUUCACUCACACAGUCACACUUUGGUGGUGGUAAACUACCUUAAUUCAAUUCAAUUUAACUUUAUUUAUAUGGCACUUUUCAUACAAAAGGAGAUGCAAUUCAAAGUGCCUCACAGAGGCUAAAAACAACAAUAAAGACAAAAACCCAACCCUUCCACCCACGGACCCACACCCACCCUCACAUACACACACACAACCACACACAGUGUGAGAAUUUAAGAUAGUAGUAGUAGUCACAGCUGCCCAGGGACAGACUGACGGAAACAUGGCUGCUAUUUUGCACCUACGGCCUCUCCGACCACCACCACACAACACUCACAAUCAUACACCAAUGUAGGACACACACUGGAAACAGGGUGGGUUAAGUGUCUUGCCCAAGGACACAAUGGACAGACUUGGCCCCCCGAACUUGAAGUUCAAUCAAAUCAAUAAAUCAAACUUUAUUUUAAAGCACUUUUCAUACAUAGAAUGUAGCACAAAGUGCAGGAUAUUAAAAACAAUGAAAUAAAAUAGAUAAAAAUACAAAUACAGCACUCACACACUCACACGCACAGAUAGACACACAAAAGACACACAGGUGAGGACUCUUCAACUUUCCACAGAUGACUGAGGAAAUGUUAUCUAGAGUUAAAAAGAUGAGGAAACGCUGGAUCUAGGACUAAAACGAUAAAAACCAUAAUAAAAUAUGAUAAAGGUGAUAAAACGUUAAAAGUUAAUUAAAUAAAACAGUCUUAAAAUCAAACAAUAAAAGGAAGUAAAUUAAAAAAAGAGGUAAUAAAACACAGAAUUGUUACUCUACAACUAAAACAGGGUAAAAUCACAUAAUGCAGAUUAAAAGAUUAAAACAAAAUUCAAAUAAAAAGUCUUGAUUUGACUUUUAAAAAUAUGAACAUUAAGUGAAAAUAGGCUGUUCCACAAGUUAGAACAGUGCAACAUGAUCUAUCAAGAAAACAGCAUUAGAGAAUAAGACAGGUGUCCCAGACUGACACGAUGAGAGUCUGUAAAACAGGUCUUCUUUAAACAGUGAUCUGAAUUCUCUUCCUUUAUUUUUGUGUUUUUUACAGGUAUGUGAAGGUGAGGUACGGUUCACACUAUCGCCAGACUCAUAUGGUCAAAUGUCACAACCCCUGGUGGAACGCUUAUUAUCAUUUUGGAAAAGUCAGUAAACUUUUUCCUCUUUCUUUGGCAGUUUUGUUCGCUGGUAAAGAAAACAUCCUCAAGUUUGAUCAAACAUGGCUGCGCUUAUACGUUUGUUUUUAUCUUGAAGGUGGACACACAUGGGGUGUUACACGUGGAGCUCUGGGACGAGGACUGGCCACAUCAUCAACACCUCGGACAAUGUUCUUGGCACCUGAAUCAGGGGACGCACAGACUAGGCUGUCCAGCGAAUCACGGUGGUUUUGAGAUCCAGUACACUCUCACGUGUGACCCUCAUCUGACUGGAGGGAGGUGUGAACAGUACAAGCCGUCCUUGGAGUGAGAGAGAGUUUUAAUCCUGCGUCCUCUUUUUAUGUCCAGAUUUAAUCUCAUGUUUUUACUCUUUACUAAAAUCUAAAAUUAACGCUAACAAUCAGUCGAUUAACUUUUUUUUCUGCCUUUAAAAUAUCACCUUUCUUCAUAUCUGACUCUUUCUCAUACAACUUUGAUAAAAUGUUAUUAUGUUUAAGUGCUUUUGACUCAUUUCUGCUUUAAAAAAUUUUGAUUUAAAGGGGAAAAAAAGUCAUAUUAGCCUUGAACUUGAUGUUAAACCAUAGACUGUAUAGAGAAUAGACACCGUCUGCCUCCUCGCUGGGUGAAGCCAUUCUGAGAACAACGCCCUCUGGUGACGGGCUGCAGUAUAGGUUAUAAAUCCCACCUCCUUAUGGAGCUGUGGACACAGAAUAUAAAUGUUUCUCCCCCCUGGUUGUGAUGUUGACAUGUAGUUACUGUCAGACUGGUUUGUGCUCAAGUCCUCUUUUUUCUGUACAGCUCCAUUUUUAAAAGUUAUUAGGGGGUUCAUGUUUUCUAUGAUUGACACUUGAUACAGCCAACGGGCGUACGACGAUAGCGUAGCUCACCGAGCGCCAUCACAGCGACUCUUGGUGACUCUCCCACCGAAUGCUCACAACACUACUGCACAAUGUUGGUUUCAGGAAAUGAAGAAAAAUCACAGAAAUACUGAGAGUUUUUUGGCUUCAAUUCCGUAUCCAGGCGGGAGGUGGAGCCAAGUUGUCCAUAAUUUAUACAGUCUUUGUGUUGGACCCAUAAAACUAUUUCUGUAAUUUGACUAAACCCCCCCACAACCCCAUAAAUGUACCUACAGCUCAGUUUUUAUCUUCAGCAGUCACUGUGUGUGGACAUAAAGUUUAAAGAAAUAUAAACACCUUUGAUUCUGAGUUUAUUUGUUUGUUUCUCAGUUUAACACGGCGUCUUUGUUUCGGUCGAGUGAACUCACACCCACUAUAAUUUUAGCUGAAUCAGACUCUUAUUGUUUGGUGAAGUCCAGAGGUGUGUUCGAUACAGACAGACGAUCAAAGCUGAGCUACAGUUUCAGUUUACAGGAAUCAUCUCUACUCUUUUUUCUUUCGUUUACUUCGCCACCACUGAGCUAAUUCGUAAAGUUACGAAGAAAAAGCUGGAGUGGAAAUCUCAGCGUGUCGGUGCAGAGUCAGAUAUGUGGACCUGAUCAGUAUUUUCAGUUUAUUUGACUUUAUCCUUUUUAUUGCUUCCUUUUUAUUUGAUUUUCUCCACAACAGUAUUCACCGCCUCUGUAAAGGUUUUCUGCUUUUGUUCAAUUUUUUCAAUCUUUGGUUUCGUGUAAAUGCUCCACCCACAAUUAUCUGAUUAACCAAAACAAUGGAAGUGAAUGACUCUGUCUCCUUAUGCAAGUGUUUGUCCAGUCUUGUGAUAAACUAAAAGUGUGUGUUUGUUCCCUCCAACUUUUUCAAGAAGACUGUUUUUCCAACAUGAAUCCAAACUGAGUGUUAUAUUAACAUUUAUGACGUACAACCUCAAUUACAUAAUUACUGAAUAAUUUAAAGAUUCCUCGCUGUAAUUAAGAUCUUGCCAAACAGGAUUUUUGGCAUUAAUUCAAAGACUUGACAUCUAUGCCGGGUUUUGGAAAGUCACGUGUUGAGUUAUUUUUGUUUUAAGUAAAGCUGAACUCCACCCUGAGAACAAUAGAGCUGGAGCCCAAUAUAAAAAGCAUCCCUCCUUCCUCUUCACUCAUCUUCAUCUCACCUGAAGAGUCACACCACAGAGGAAACCCUGACAAAAAGGUAAACCCAUAUAAUCAAUAUUUCUAUUAAAUAGAGUUUGAGCAGAUAUUUGUGUCAAGAUUAUGAGGACAACAUUUUCGGAUUAAUAUUUACUGCUGUUGUGUCCGUGGGGGGUGGGGGGUUGACGAUGUUCCUCUACUCUCUUGCCGCUCAAGGAUCUACGGCGUUACAUUCACGUUACGUUACGUUACCCGCGCUACUCACUAUAGAGACUGUGUAUAAGCUUAAACGUUACCCCUCACAGUGAUGGGAUGGAAGAGGGUAGGACAGGAUUUGAUGCGCUCAUUGAUGACUCAGAACAUGUUGGAAAUAUCGUCGUGUGUUGUUGUGCUCACACAGUGCGAGUAGAAAUCAUUAGUGGCGCAUUGAUGAUAAUGCUAAUAAUGCUAAUAAUGCUAUUAAUGCUACUCGCGAUAUAAACCGUGUAUAAGCUUGAACGUUACCUUUCACGUUGAUAGAAGAGGGUCCGACAGGAUUUGAUUCGCUCAUUGAUGACUCACAACAAGUCAGAAAUAUCGUCGUGUGUUGUUGCGCUCACACAGUGCCAGUAAAAAUUAUUAGUGGCGCAUUGAUAUUAAUGCUACUCGCUAUAUAGGCUUUGUAUAAGCUAAGUAGACCAGACAUACCGAUUUCUGGGGACAGUCCCCGUAUUGGAUGACCUGUCCCCCGGGAAGCGAUAUUUUACUCGUAGGAGGGUAGGGGAGGGUCCCGCCUCCUUCGCCUCUAAUUGGCUGUGAAACAUCAUUACGUCGGCUCUGUACAUCGAACAGAACAUUAUCGCAAUUCUGAAUCUCCUAACCCUAACCUUAGCCCUAACCCGACAGACGAUGACGUUUCACAGCCAUUAGGAGUAAUUAAUCUGGGCCCAGCACUUCUAGCCAAUCAGAGGCGAAGGAGGGCGGGACCUUCCCCAACCAAAUCAUGGCCCCGAUUUAAGCAUUUCAUGAGUGUGGACAAAAAUGUUGCGUGACCAGAACUACAGUUAUUAUGGUAGCUCAGGUAGAAAGCACGAGUAAACAUGUUGCACGUUACUACAGGGGGCGCUACAUCCUCUGAGGAUGUUUCAUUACAGAAAUCUUUGAAAAUUUGAUGAACUCGAUGAUUCAAAACAAGUCGAGAAUAACGACAUGUUGUUGUUGUGCUCCCAUAGUGGGAGUAGAAAUCAUUAGUGGCGCAUUGAUAUCAAUGAUGUGUGAAAUUUUGGUAGCGGCGCACAUAAUUCCAAGAUUAUGAGGAGAACAUUCUGGAUUAAUAUUAACUUUAGAAAGAUAGUGGGAUAUUUCUUUGGAGUUGUUUCAGAGUUUAUGUAUUUACUUUAAUAAGUGUAUUUAAAACUCUAUUGAAGUUUGGGUUUUCAGUCUGAUCCAUGAAUCUAAAGAGGAAAUCUGUGUCUGUAUCAGUGGCUCAGUAAAUACCUGGACUUUGUAACAUGUUGAGUGUUUGUAGUGGGAGACUUUUACUCCUGAAAAUGUAGAUGUAAAGCAUGUGUGAAAAAAAGUGAGUGUGAAAUGAUCGUCGUUCUUAUUCCUCCUCUCUACUCUGUGUCUCCUCGUCUUUCUCCAGCCAUGCUCUUCUUGUCGAUCUUGCUCCUGAGCGUCCUCCGCUCUUCCUCCUCCCUCUCUCCUGUCCUCUCCUCUCAGAUUGGGACCCACUGCCACUGUGUCCACGCUCCCUUUGUACCUGGUUACGACCUGAUUGGACAGGGUUUUGAUGUGGUCACUCUGCAGAGUAAAGGAAGCCACCUGAUCGAUGUGAAAACGUACAUGUCCUCUGAUGGAAACUGUACUCUCACCGCCAACCCACUGCAGGGAAACCAGUUACAGAAGGUCAUCAGAGAGCCAAAGUGAAACUUGAACACCUGUAACUCUUGGAUGAACACACGUUAACCUUUUUGUUCUUACCUUCCUCAGCUGCCACUCUCUGUUGUGGACUGGCGUUCAAUGACCUCCUGUAGUAAAUCUCUCUACAACACGAUGCACACAUCCGUCAGGUAACCCAGAAAAACAAAAACUAGUCACUUGCAGCAUUGUGAACUUUCACUCACUGUGUUUAAGUCUGUGUCAUAACUAGGGUUGCAAAAUUUCAGGAAUUUUCAAAGUUGGAAACUUUUCAUGGAAAUAAGCUGGAAUAAAUCUGAAAUGUAUAAAAUUGAGGGUUGGCCUUCAACAGGAACUGAAAUAUAGUUGGUUAAAAUAUAUUGCAGCAUAAUCUUGAUUAAAACAACCAAUCACGCGAUCACACAGCACACUGCAUGGCUACUGAGGCCACACCUCCUACAUGCACUGUACGUUCCUCCAUCACAUGACUCACAGACGAUUUCUUAAACCCUGGAGGCGACACUUUAGAGCCCAAAGACCAAGACAGUUCAGUCCACCGACUACAGAAAGUCAAGUAUGUUUUGAUAACAUUAUGGGUCAUGAAGAUCAUGUACUUCAAAUCUGUAUCCAGGCGGGAGGCGGAACCAACUUGUCCAUAGUUUAUACAGUCUAUGUGUUGGACCCAUAAAACUAUUUCUGUAAUUUGACUAAACCCCCACACAACCCCAUAAAUGUACCUACAACUCAGUCUUUAUCUUCAGCAGUCACCGUGUGUGGACAUAAAGUUUAAAGAAAUAUAAACACUUUUGAUUCUGAGUUCAUUUAUUUGUUUGUUUCUCAGUUUAACACGGC